UGUGCCUGUGGCUGUCGCCGUCGCCGUCUUGUGACCAUGGCUGCGCUAGCCCUUCUGGCAUUGCUCCUUCCCGGUGUAUUGGGGAAUGAGUUUAGUGUGUUAAGAUCACCAGAAUCUGUUGUUUUCCGAGAUGGAAAAUGGCCAAUACCUGGAGAUCGGAUUCCAGAUGUGGCUGCAUUAUCCAUGGGUUUUUCUGUGGAAGAGGAUCUUUCAUGGCCUGGACUUGCUGUGGGCAAUUUAUUCCUUCGUCCUCGAGCUACAGUUUUGGUGACAGUGAAAGGAGUGGACAGUUUGGCUUUACUCAAGAAUGUUGUCUCAUACCCGCUUGAGAAUGCAGUUCCCUUCAGUCUUGACAGUGUUGCAAAUUCUAUCCACACUUUUUUUUCUGAGGAAACUCCUGUAGUUUUGCAGUUGGCUCCUAGUGAGGAAAGAGUGUAUAUGGUGGGGAAAGCAAAUUCCGUGUUUGAAGACCUUUCAGUAACCCUCCGGCAGCUGCACACUCGCCUAUACCAGGAUAACUCCAUUCUUAGCUCUCUCCCUCUUAACUCUCUGAACAGGAACAAUGAUGUUGAUUUACUAUUUCUUUCUGAGUUACAAGUUCUACAUGAUAUCUCAAAUUUGUUGUCUCGACACAAGCAUCUAGCCAAAGAUCAUUCUCCUGACCUGUAUUCUCUGGAGCUGGCUGGCUUAGAUGAAAUUGGAAAACGAUAUGGAGAAGAUUCUCAGCAAUUCAAAGAUGCUUCACAGAUACUUACUGACUUUCUACAAAAGGUAGACAAAUGA